ACCUGUAAAGAUUCUUUUACAAUAAUAGUUACUUACUAGAUAGGCAACACUAUCUACCAUGUUGUAUGUUUAUAUGGCAACAGCGCACAAUUAGUAUUGAUAGUUGAAGUAUGACAAGGGACUGUUAGCGCUUUAGUUGCAUUAUUGUGUUCGUAUAAAUUGGUUGUUUCUUGUUUGCAUCUUUUGUUUUUACUUAAUAGGAUAAAGCCGAAAUAAAUAUAUUCUAGAGAAUUUGCAAUGGAGAAUCCUGAAGAAAUUCUUCAUAGCCUUGAAGAAUUUUCGAAAAUGAAACCGAAAGACAUUCCACGAGAAUUAGAAGAAUAUCUUUGUUUUGUUGCUAAAACAGGAAAUCCAGUUUACCAGUGGCCUGUUAUUAAGUCUCUUUUCCGAGAAAAAUUGAUCAAUGUUAUAACAGAAUUUUAUGAAACUUGUCCUUCUAUGGAUAUACCGCCUUGUCCGAAUGUAGAAAUGUUUAAUUAUGAUAUGAUGAAAAAUUUUAUACUAGAGAAGCUCGACACUUUCGCAGCAGCACCAUUUACAGUCCAAAGAAUAUGUGAACUUUUGACUACCCCGAGAAAGGAAUACAGUAGAAUUGAUAAAUACAUGAGAGCAUUGGAAAAGAACAUUUUAGUUGUCAGCACAGUAGAACCAGGUAGAAGAUCAACAGAAAAUGGCGAAGAAGGUAUUAUGAAUGGAAUUGAAACUGAACAUUUACCAGAAAUAAAUAAUGAAAGAAAUGAUAUUAACAUUGAAGAUAUGGAUGAAAGUCCAAAUUGGAAUAUGCCUGUUGAAUAUAAAGAUGGAGAGAAGGAAACUGAGGACCUGUUGAAAACUGAAGUCGAAACUACAACAAAAUUUGAAAGUGAAGAAACAAAAAGUGUGAUAGUUUCAGAAAUUCCUGCAAGCAGUAACACAGAAGAGGCUAAAGUAGAAACACAAGAGACUGUAAUAACUUGUACUAGUACAGAAGACCCAAUAGAAACAUAUGUUUCCAUAGAACCACAAGAAACAUAUCAAAGUCUAUCAGAAGAAAGCAAUAGUAAUAGUAGUGACUCGUCUAGUUCAGCCUCUGCAGCAGAAAACAAAGAAACAGUUCCAGAAGAUAAAGAAGUAAUAGAAGAAAUAAAAGAAGACAAAAUUAAACCUAUAGAAGAAGAUUCCCAGAAGAAUGUAGUUAAAACAGAGGUUGCUAAUAUUGAACCAGAACUAGAAGUAAGAAAAGAAAUUUCAGAAGAUACUCAAUUCGAACUUAUAACUUUACAACCUGAAAAACAACCAGAUAACGAAAAAGAAAAUGUACAAACAGAAGAAAUAAAUACAGACACUCCUAUUCCAGAAGUUUUAACACCAACAGAAACUGUUUUAGAACCAGAAGAAAAAUUAGAGAAAGUAGAGGAACAUAUAGAAGAGAAAAAACAAGAUGUUAUCGAUCAACCAACAGUUACUGAAAUACCAUCAAAUGAACCUGAAGAAUCGGAUAAAGUAAUAGAUAACUUGAAAACAGAAGAAGAAAAAUGUGUGGAAACUGUUAGUGAAACAGCCAAAACUAACGAUGAAACAGAAGAUGUGAUAAACGAUAUUGUAGAAACAAAAGAGCAGUACAAAGAGUCUCCAAUGGAAGUUGAUAGUGGCCAAGAUAAAAAAACAGUGGCAGAUGAACCUAGUUCUUCGACACCAGAAUCAUUAGAUGAUGAUUUGAGAUUCGAAAAAAGCAUUUUGUAAGUGUAUGUAUUCCUGUAUUUUGUUCACGAGAUUUUUAUAAGAAAAACAUUCGAUUUUCACAAUUACUGAACAAGCAAUACUAACGAGAGAAAAUAGGAGUUUGUUAAAUUGAGUAAACACAUUCUUUUAGUUUUAUUUACGUUUCAGUAUUUGGGCCUUAAAGCGUUUGAAAAUGAUUACAAUGAGUUAUGAGUUUCAAAAGUAGUUUAAAAUAAACUUGGAGUGUAUAAAAACGAUGCUAUGAGCUUGAAAAGUAGUUCAAAUGUACCAUUAAUUAUAGAAAACAUUGUGCUUCAAGCAGAGUAUUGAAAGUAGUGCAAAUGAAAUCUAUAACGAUGACUACACCAUGAAUUUGAAAAGUAACUCAAAUAAACCAAGAAGUAUAGUACUAGGCGCUGAGUUUCGAAAGUAGUUUAAUCCAAAGUAAAAGUAACCAUGAGGGUAAAAAGUAGUUCAAAUGAACCCUUAUGUAUAAAUAAAAAUAUGUACUCUGUUCUAAGCUUUUAAAUUAGUUACAAAGGAACUUGAAGGGUCUAAAAAGAUUAAGUACACUCCGAUUUUAGAAAAUAGUUGACAUGAAACUUUAAACGUAUUGAAAAGAUCUACUAAACACUCAAUUUUCAAAGAAUGUAAUAAUUACUGUACCACAGUAAUUAUUAUGACUUAAAAAUUAGUUCAAACGAACUAUAAAGUAUAGAAUACAUUGUACUUGUCCUUGAGUAGUGACAGUAGUUCAAAUUAACCCCGAUUUUUAAAAAAAGUGUGCGUCUGGCUGUGAGCUUUGAAAUUAAUUCAAAAGCUACCUAUACCAAGCUUAAAAAGUAGGUCAAAUGAAUCAUAUAAUAACGAGAGUGAAAAGUAGUUCAAAUGAACCCUUAGUUAUAAAUACAACUGUUUAUUUGGCUCUGAGGUUAGCAACUUUAAGUGCAUUAAAAAAGUUAUUGGAAUUGAAGUAUGUAAUAACGAUUACUACAAUGUAAGCUUGAAAAGUAGUUCAAAUAAACCCUGAUGUGUAGAAAAGAUUUGUACUUGGCUGUGAGUUUCAAAAAUAGUUCAAACGAAACUUAAAUUGUAUUGAAAAUGUCUAGUAUCAACUCUUAAGCUUUGGAAGUAGUUCAAUUGAGGUCUAUAACAGUGAUUACUACACCAUGAGCUUAAAAAGUAGUUCAAAUGAACCCAGAUCCGGGGAAAAAAUUGUGCUUGGCUCUUAGUUUUGAAAGUCUAUUAAAAAGGUUUACAAAACCCUGAAUUUGAAAUAUAGUUCAAUUGAACCUUGAAAUUUCUACAAACUUAAGUAGUAAUACAUUGUAAUUUGUUUUGAAAGUAGUUUCUUAUUAGGUUAUUUAUUCUGGCGAAGUUAGAUUUACACAAAAUAGGGAAAAAACGUUAGAUUUUAUAAAUUUAUUUAAUUUCUAAGUUUGAUAUGACUAAAAUAACGACCUUUUAUGAUUUACCUUGAUGUCAAACAAUUUGUUAUACAAUUUAAAUCGUUAAUUAUUAUUAAAAACUAAUUAAUAUUUGAGAGAGUUAGAUUAUCUUUAAUAUUUAAUAUAAAAAUUAUUUGUUUCCGAGCGUUUUAACCCAUUUACCAUACUUCGUAACCCAUGAUUCAUGUUUUUUUUAAAUUUGUGAAGUUUUGAAAAUAAUUUUAUGUACUCUGACAAUAUAUCAACUGAAGUAUGUAAAUUAUGAAAAAAUUUUCACUGCCCAGUGUAUUUUUGUCGCAUUUUGUAUGAAAUGGUUGUACAAGAAACUUCUAUUUUCUCUUAAAUGAUAAUUUGUAUACAGACGCACUUUUUAGAUAAUAAAGUUCUAUUUAAUAACGAA